GCGCGGUGUGUAGAUGCGGCGGAGCCGUUCCCGGUGGCCGCGUAUGUUAUAAAUGGCGCCGAAGCAGGACCCAAGGCCUAAGUUCCAGGAGGGUGAACGUGUGUUGUGUUUUCAUGGGCCUCUUCUCUAUGAAGCAAAGUGUGUGAAAGUUGCAGUUAAAGACAAGCAGGUGAAGUACUUCAUUCACUACAGCGGGUGGAAUAAAAACUGGGAUGAGUGGGUACCAGAAAGUAGAGUACUCAAAUACGUGGACACUAACCUGCAAAAACAAAAAGAACUUCAGAAGGCCAAUCAUGUCCUUUACAGGGAUCAGUAUGCAGAGGGGAAGAUGAGAGCAGCCGCUCCAGGAAAGAAGUCAGCUGCACUUCAGCAGAAGAAUGUGGAAGUGAAAACCAAGAAAAACAAGCAAAAAGCCCCUGGGAGUGGAGAGGGCACCAGUACCAGCGAUGCUCCUCAACCACCACGAAAGAAAAGGGCCCGAGUGGAUCCCACUGUUGAGAGUGAGGAGACUUUUAUGAAUAGAGUUGAAGUUAAAGUAAAGAUACCCGAGGAACUGAAACCCUGGCUUGUGGAUGACUGGGAUCUCAUCACACGUCAGAAACAGUUGUUUAAUCUGCCUGCCAAAAAGAGUUUGGAAACUAUCCUUGAAGAAUAUGCUACUUACAAGAAAUCCAGAGGGAACACCGACAAUAAGGAGUUUGCGGUGAAUGAAGUUGUAGCCGGUAUUAAGGAAUACUUUAACGUUAUGCUGGGCACACAGCUACUGUACAAGUUUGAGCGCCCUCAGUAUGCGGAUAUCUUGGCAGAUCACCCCGAUUCCCCAAUGUCCCAAGUCUAUGGUGCUCCCCACCUGCUACGCCUUUUUGUUCGUAUUGGAGCAAUGUUAUCAUAUACUCCGUUGGAUGAGAAGAGCCUGGCCCUUCUACUGAACUACCUGCAUGACUUCCUGAAGUAUUUGGCCAAAAAUUCCUCCACAUUGUUCAGUGCCAGUGACUACGAGGUUGCACCCCCUGAAUACCACAGGAAGGCUGUAUAGUCUCCAUAUCGACCAUUUCUGCUCAAGAUGCAGCAGCGAGUGUCCAAGGCUUGCUUGAUAUCAUUCUAGUGUGACCUUACAAGUGACUGGCGGAUGCGAAGAAUGCGUGUUUUUCCUUCAUUGUGAAUGAACUUGUGGGGAGGGGGGGGCGGGGAGGCUUCAGAUCACCGGCCUAGCCUUCAGACCCGAGACAGCCAUGUUUAUCAGUGACUGGAGACAUCUGAACUUUUUGUCCAGUAUUCUAGACGCAUUGGGUGCGUGGCUGAAGACUAUUUCUGAACUGAAAUCGGACAGUCUCCCCGGCUUUCUAGUACUGCUUUCAUGGUGAUUGUGUGGUUUGCGGCCUUGGUAUUUGUUCACGUGAUAUGUACUCUCACGCCCCGGCAUUGGGCCACUCCCAUCUGGAAGAUCUUGCGCUUGAAAAUGGUUCCGAAGGUGUUUUGGAAGAACAAGGCUGCUGUUAACAUCCUGGACUUCUGAAGAAAAAAAAAAUAAUUGCCUAUCGGAUGCCUUGUAUUUUGUUAACGUGCUCCUGACUUCAUGUUGAUUCACAAUUCUAGUGGGAUUUUGUCUGGGCCCCGGGACCAAAAGUACACCCUAACCUCACGUGAAGCCCGUCACAAUGUCUUAAUUUUUAUCUUCAGUGCAAUUUUUAUUUUAAAAGAUCGCUCUCUAGGUGUGUAAACUUAUUUUUUUUUCUUCGAUCAACCUAUUGUGUUAGAUGAAGAAACUUGAAGCGCCGCUCGAAGCUGAGGCUUGGCGGUGUACAGAAAAUGGGAGCGGCCGUCUGGUUCACUCAUCCAGAAAUGUCCAACUGUUUUGCACGAGAUGCCACUCAAACCGACCCAGGUGCUAACGUGAUGUGUGGCCUCUGCCAGCGCCGCCCCAGGUAAUACCGCUCUAACCGACCCG